GCCACCCAUGAUUUCUAACAGAGUUCUUAAAACGAUUUUGCAGAGACAAUUAGCAAGAAAUAAUGCCCAAACAGAUUUCAAAUUGAAUUCCCAAAAGGUACCUAAACUUUUACAAUUAUUCCAACAAUGUCCCUCGACUCCGACUCAGCAGCAGUGUCUUCCACCAGCAGAGACUGGUACUUUCCCUCGCCGCCCUUCAUCCACAACAACUCGAACUCAACGAAAUUUCCAAAAUACCCUCGAAGAUUCCCAACAAACCCCAGGCAGUCCCAACACCUUCCUCCCGAUUAUCGGCCGCCGUUUGGCGGCGUUUCGUCUCCCAAUUCGUCGCCGCCGUUUCGCAGCGUUUCGUCCUCGACCUCGGCCCCUCAUAGAGCUUUUAACCAUGAGAGGCUUAGACGGAGGGUCGACUUCGGUCGCCGGCGAGAGAAGCCGCAGCAAAACGACGUCAACGACGCCAUUCCAAGCGUUUCCGACGGCGUUUCGAGAAGAAGAUCGGAGGUUUCGAGUGCGGUUUCGGGCGAUAAGUUUUUGGGAAAUGGUUUCAACGUUCGGUGGAAAAUGGCCUUUUUCGUAGCGAUUGCGACAACAGUAUUUUCAUCAGUGGUGUACCAGAAUUUCUGUUUACAUAUCCAAGUCAAUGAGUUGCAGGAACAUAUUUCCAAGCUUGAAUUUACGUUACGAGCCUAUAAUUUGUCAGAUUCUACGGAGCUUAUCAGUUCCUUUGGGCAGCAGAGUGAUCUCCAUGGCAAAAGUUUAAAAAGAUUAGCUCUUAUGGUCUCCCUCACACUUUUAUCUAUGCCUGUCCUAGCUUUCAAGUACAUUGAUUAUGUCUCUAGAUCAAGGUCAUCAGAAAACAUUUCAGAAGAAGUGUCUCUAAACAAACAGCUAGCAUAUCGAGUUGAUUUGUUUUUAUCAGUCCACCCAUAUUCUAAGCCAUUGGCAUUGUUAGUGGCAACUCUAUUACUUAUUUUUCUCGGUGGUUUAGCACUCUUCGGAGUGAAAGAUGAUAGCUUAGCAGAAUGCCUUUGGUUAUCGUGGACUUAUGUAGCUGAUUCUGGCAACCAUACUGACUCUGAAAAGAUUGGUGAAAGGCUUGUUUCAGUUUCCAUUAGCUUUGGCGGUAUGCUCAUAUUUGCAAUGAUGCUUGGACUUGUAUCUGAUGCAAUUUCGGAGAAGUUUGAUUCAUUGAGGAAAGGAAGAAGUAAGGUGGUUGAGCAAAACCAUACUUUAAUUCUUGGCUGGAGCGAUAAAUUGGGAUCGUUAUUGAAUCAGCUUGCAAUAGCCAAUGAGAGUUUGGGUGGAGGGAUUGUUGUAGUCAUGGCUGAGCGAGAUAAAGAGGAAAUGGAACUUGACAUUGCUAAAAUGGAGUUUAACUUCAAAGGAACAUCUGUAAUAUGCAGAAGUGGGAGCCCUCUUAUUUUGGCUGACCUGAAAAAGGUCUCUGUCUCUAAAGCCCGUGCAAUAAUCAUCCUUGCUGAAGAUGGAAAUGCUGAUCAGAGUGAUGCCCGUGCAUUGAGAACAGUUUUAAGUCUAACUGGAGUAAAAGAAGGGCUGAGAGGACAUAUCGUGGUUGAACUAAGUGAUCUUGACAAUGAGGUUCUUGUUAAACUUGUUGGUGGAGAUCUUGUUGAAACUGUUGUGGCUCAUGAUGUAAUUGGCCGUUUGAUGAUUCAAUGUGCUAGGCAGCCUGGACUUGCACAGAUAUGGGAAGAUAUCCUUGGAUUUGAAAAUUGCGAGUUCUACAUCAAAAGAUGGUCACAGUUGGAUGGCAUGCAUUUUGAGGAUGUAUUGAUCAGUUAUCCUGAUGCCAUUCCUUGUGGAAUCAAGGUUGCAUCAUUAGGUGGUAAAAUUAUUUUGAAUCCUGAUGACUCUUAUGUUCUACAAGAAGGCGAUGAAGUGCUUGUUAUAGCCGAGGAUGACGAUACCUAUGCUCCUGCACCAUUGCCUAUGGUCAAAGAGGCAUCUUUCAUACACAUUGCCCGAACAGCAAGAAAGCCACAGAAGAUUCUACUUUGUGGAUGGAGGAGGGACAUUGAUGAUAUGCUUGUGGUAUUGGAUGCCUUUCUAGCCCCUAGUUCAGAGCUCUGGAUGUUCAACGAGGUUGCUGAAAAGGAGAGGGAAAAGAAGCUCAUUGAUGGUGGCCUUGACAUCAGCCGGUUGGUGAAUAUAACUUUAGUUAAUCGUGAGGGGAAUGCUGUCAUACGCCGUCAUUUAGAAAGCCUUCCUUUGCAAUCUUUUGAUUCGAUCUUAAUUUUGGCUGAUGAGUCUGUGGAAGACUCAGCAAUUCAAGCUGAUUCCAGAUCUCUUGCAACAUUACUUUUAAUUCGUGAUAUUCAGGCUAAGCGUCUCCCUAUGGUAACACAUGUUCAAAGAGGAAGCUUCUCACAAGGCUCAUGGAUAGGAGAAAUGCAGCAAGCUUCAGAUAAGUCAGUUAUAAUUAGUGAAAUUCUGGACCCAAGGACUAAAAAUCUAUUAUCCAUGUCAAAGAUCAGCGAUUAUGUGCUAUCGAAUGAGCUCGUAAGCAUGGCAUUGGCUAUGGUGGCUGAGGAUCGGCAAAUAAAUGAUGUGUUGGAAGAGCUGUUUGCAGAGGAGGGCAAUGAAUUGCAAAUAAGGCAAGCAGAUCUCUAUCUCCGUGAAGGUGAGGAAUUGAGCUUCUAUGAAGUACUCUUGCGAGCUCGACAGAGGAGAGAGGUCAUGAUUGGUUACCGUUUAGCCGAUGCUGAGAGAGCUGUCAUCAAUCCCCCAUCCAAAAGUAAGAGACGGAGGUGGUCAGUGAAGGAUGUUUUUGUGGUGAUUGCGGAGAAGGAAUGAAGCAUUUCUAAAUCAACAGUGAAGACAGUGUUCGAAAUUCCAUGUGAAAUCGGGGAUGGUCUUACUCUUUUCUGUUGCAAAAUGCCCAUCUGACUUUGAAGUAAGAGAAAGCGAAAAAAAAAAAAAAUUCCUUUACAGACUCCCUGUGCCAAAAACUAACCUCAAAGUUUUCAGAUCAAAUGGUCACUGCCAGUAGAGAUUAGUGUACUGGCUGCUGUACAUUGUGUGUUCCCAUCGAUCAGUGAGUGCUCUACAGUAGCCGAAGCUAUGGGAUGUUGCCGUCGGAACCAGGAUGAAUUCAUAUUUGAGGGUGUUUUCCGUGUUCAACAUGUACAUGAUUUUAUUUUUGGCCAUGUUCCUAUAGUUUGAGCAAUGCUUCAUUCUAGUCCUGUAUUUUCAAUCUGGGACCUUUUGUUUAAGCCCCAUAAAUAGUUUACUAAUGUGGUAUAUAAUAACAUAAUUUUAUAAGAUCAAUAACUAAAAUA